AUGCUAUACUUCUACAAUACAAUGGUUUUAGUGAAGACUGUCCGUGUAAUGGCGUCGUUCGCGGCGCAAGCGGCCCUCCGGUCUAGAUGGAGCUCCCUGAUAGAGUCCACCAGUGUCGACGUGCCUGGUGAAGUCACUGAUGGCGUCAGAUCAGUUGUUGGAUGGCUGAAACAGGCAUCAUUAGAGGUCCGUCAGGUGGGUCGGCGCGCUGUCAACCAGUUGUCCGGUCGUGGUAUGGCCAACGAGGUCGUUAUUAUUCAUUACAACGAUGUCUACAACAUCGAACAAACCACAAAUACGGAACCCGUCGGUGGUGCGCUAAGGUUCUCGACGGCCGUGAAGAGUUUACAGCAUCUGAAUCCUUUAAUUCUAUUCAGCGGGGAUGUCUUCUCGCCGAGCAUGUUGAGUACUUUCACAAAAGGAGAACAAAUGGUACCGGUAUUGAACGAAAUCGGUACACAUUGCGCGGUGUUUGGCAAUCACGACUUUGACUUUGGUUUAGAAGUACUAUCAGGUCUAGUAUCACAAUGCAACUUCCCGUGGCUGAUGUCGAAUGUAAUAGACAACGAGACAGGCCGCCCACUCGGCGAUGGCAAGAUCACGCAUGCACUGGAAUGCAACGGGCAUAAAAUAGGAUUAAUAGGGCUUGUAGAACAGGAGUGGCUAGACACCUUAGCAACAAUAAACCCAGAGGAAGUCACAUUCAUAGACUUCUUACAAGCAGGCACGAAACUAGCUUCGCAGUUAAAACAAGAGGGUUGUGAAUACGUCAUAGCUUUGACGCAUAUGAGAACACCAAAUGAUGUUAAAUUAGCUGAAGGAUGCACGGAAAUUGACCUUAUAUUGGGUGGCCACGACCACGUAUAUGAAGUACUAGAAGUAAAUAAUAAAUAUAUAGUAAAAAGCGGUACAGAUUUCCGUCAGUUCUCCAAAAUCAGUAUAAACUUCGCGCCCGACUGCACUCGAGUGGAUAUCGCGGAUGUUCACGUCACCAGCUCCUAUGCUGAAGACCAGGUGUUGAAGUCGAAGGUUGAGAAAUAUUCUGCAAUGAUUGAAGGCAAAAUGGACGAGAUUCUGGGCAAGUUCUGCGUGCCCCUCGAAGGUCGGUUUUCAUGCAUUCGCCGCCAGGAGUGCAACCUUGGGAACUGGGUGUGCGAUGUCCUGCUGGCUGCCACUGGUGCUGACUUGGUGCUCCUCAACUCCGGAACCUUCAGGUCUGAUCAGGUCCACCCAGCUGGAGACUUCACUCUUCGGGACCUGUCCACAAUAAUACCAAUGAGGGAUCCCCUGGUGGUGGUGGAAGCGAGUGGUGCUGUCAUCCUUCAGAUGCUGGAGAAUGCCGUCAGCAAGUACCCCAGUUUGGAGGGCAGGUUUCCUCAAGUGGCUGGCAUAUCAUUCGCCUUCGAUCCAAGCAAGCCGGCGGGCGGGCGCAUCGCUGAACAAGUCGUUAAAAUUGGUGACGAAUACCUACAUCGCGAGCAGAAGUACCGACUCGGUAUCAAGCAGUACCUAUACAGCGGUAACGACGGGUUCACCAUGCUACCCAAGUGUACUGUGCUUAUAUCCGAGGACAUGUGUCCUGAAAUCGGUAUGGCGGUACAGAACCACUUCGCUGCAAUCAACGUAAGGAGCGGCAAGUCUCGACCGUCCAAACACCGGCAGUCACUCGUCACACUGAGCAGGAGACAUAGUCUAGUAAAGAUGCUGGACGGCAGCGAGCUGGAUGGACCACCUCCACUGAGGCGAGCGUCGUCAUCUGCGACAGAACCGACCUCUCAUUCCACGCAUCACAGAUUGACACGUCGAGCAUCAUUGGAUGACUUGGAGCAGCAGUCGUGCGAAUUGGCGCCUAAGAUAGAAAACAGGAUCGUAGUGUUAGAUAAGCCGGAGAAACUCCAAGCUCUAAUAGGCGAGAGGACGCGUUGGGAAUCUGACACUGUGAUACGAGAAGUUGACGACGAGAACUCGCCUUAAGAGCUACUCUAUCCUCUGCUGGGUUGCUUUACCGCUUACUAUCAUUUGCGACACAUGUACCAGUAAUUACUACCUUUUUUUGAACUACUCUAAUGCUGAUGGCCGCAGCUGGCCUUUACAGCUUCACCGGACGAUAGGGGGCGAGUGCAGAUGGCACUCCAAACCCGCGG